AUGACCGAAGCAACCAUGGCAGAAAUUCAAGUUGACAUAGUAGGUGAGGUUGCAGGAGCCCCUACUAGUCACAAGUGUUUAAUCGUGGUCCACGAGCUUCAUUCGAAGUGGCCUGAAGUUCGACCAAGCUCCCAUGUCACCAGUGCUGACGUGAUCUCGUUUCUCUGUAACUUAUUUACUAGAUGGGGUUUGUCAGAGGUUGUUAUCACCGGCAAUAGCCCCCAGUUCAAGUCAGGAGAAUUUCGUAAUUUCUUUACCAAUAAGGCCAUCACACAUUCUACCACCGCUUUCUACCACCCCCAAUCAAAUGGUGGCGUGGAACGUUUCAAUCAAAUUCUCAAGCAAAGAGUACGUACUCACAGAGAACAAGGCUUUUCGUUUCAACAAACUCUGCAGGGACGUUCCUGCACUAUCGUUCAUCACGACACACUAUGA